AUGCUCCGCCAAUGUGCUACGCGUCUGUCGCGUCCAUCUCCUCUGCGAGCGAUUGCUAUACGCGCGGACUGCUUUGCAACCUCUUCGGCCCGUCGUACUGACCGUGCUGUGAUCUAUGCCGAAAACGGGAACCCUGCUGAGGUCCUCAGAGUCAAGUCUUAUGAUCCACUACCUCCACCUCCCCCAGGCUCUGUCAACAUCCGCUUCCGUCUCUCGCCCAUAAACCCCUCCGAUAUUAAUGUUGUGCAGGGUGUAUAUCCUGCCAAGCCCACUCAGCAGCACGUCUCGGGAGAGGAUGUCUUCAUUGGCGGGAAUGAAGGACUGGCCGAGGUCGUAGAUGUUGGAAGCAAUGUCGACGGCCUCCAUAAAGGCGACUGGGUCACACUUGGAAAGGCACAGUUUGGAACCUGGGCGUCCACACGCGUCAUAAGUGCGGAGGACGUGAUCAAGUUACCUGCGGGUGGCUUCAGUGAGGUCAACGCUGCUACCAUCAACGUCAAUCCCCCGACGGCGUAUAACAUGCUGCACCAGUUUGUUGACCUCAAAGAGGAUGACUGGGUGUUACAAAACGGAGCUAAUAGUGCGGUUGGCCAAGCAGUGAUUCAGAUCGCCGCCCGCAAGGGUAUCAAGACCAUCAACUUCGUCCGGAGCAGACCUGACCUCGACAACUUAAUCUGCUCGCUUACCCAACUCGGCGCGACACAUGUGUUCACAUACGACGCGCUGUCAGACAAGUCCUUGGCGAAGCAUGUAAAGCAAUGGACAUCCAAGAGCCCUAUCCGUUUGCUACUGAACUGUGUUAGCGGUCCUGAUACCACCGCUAUGACGCGCCUCUUGGGCGACAACGCGCAUCUAGUCUCGUAUGGGGCGAUGUCUAAAAAACCUCUCUCCUUGCCGACUUCUCUAUUCAUUUUCAAGAAUCUAACCACCCACGGAUACUGGCAGCACCGCUGGUACCAGGAGCACUCGCGACAAGAACGCGAGAAGCUCAUGCGGACGCUUGCUAACUUGAAGCUGAAAGAACCGGAACACGAAAUCCUGGAUCUCUCUGGCGAGCCUAGCGACGAGGCGGCUACCAAGAGAUUGCGGGAUACCCUCACUAAGAUAGAAGCGGGCUUUAGCAAGAAAGUACUACUCCGACUCCAGUGA